AGCCCGAAGUGUACAGGCUGCUUCUUGACUUUUUCUGUGUCAAAUACGGGAGACGAUUGAUUAUUGCGAUGUGUGCAAGCCGCUGGAUGGCAGACAGAGGCGGCAGAUUGCUCUCCUUCGUCGACUACAUGUUCUUCAGCUCUUCAGGUGUGAGAGGUCUCAUGAACGAUGGUUUGUCCUGUUGCGUGAACACGUUGCUGCAGUGCUUCUCUGCCACCUGGGAGCUAACAGAGCUACUAAACAGGUGGAAGCCAGUUGAUAUUCAAGAGGCCAAUCAUAAUGUCCCUCUGCAGCUACAGAAAGCUCUUAGGGCCAUGCAGAGUGACCAGAUCCAGCCUGCUCCUCAUCACGACUUCCUGCACUGUUUGGACAGAAACCGCAUUCGGCUUAAUACACAACAUGACGCUGAAGAGGUCUUCCUCCGCAUUCUGAACCGCAUACAGCAGCAGAUGGAUAACGAAGUCCUGGCUGGUGACAUCCAGAAUCUGUUCAAGAUUUCAGUGGAGACACACCUUCAGUGUUCAGAGUGCUCCUCUGUUCAGUCUAUGGCGAGCUACCUACUCAACCUACCUCUGCAUAUAAGAGAGGGCCACAAUUCUUUGGAUGGUUGCAUUACAUCUUUCUUUGAGCCUCAGGAGCUAAGGGGCAGAAACAGCUGCCUUUGUGCAUGGUGUGGAAAAAGAACCCCGUCUAAGCAGGGUUGCAAGCUUGUCUCCCUGCCGCCUGUUUUGUGUGUGCAACUGCACCGAUUUCGCAGUGAUUGUGGCUACACCCGCAAACUUGAUUGCACAGUUACAUUUCCAGAAACCUUUGACUUUUUGGAGAACCUGAAAGAAGAGGCAUUCUCACGGGACUUUGUCAAGGGGGACUGCAAAUAUGUUUUGUAUGCAGUGGUAGUGCAUUCUGGCAGUGCAGUGUUUGGACACUACACAGCCUAUGUUCGUCCCAAAGGGAGCCAUGGCUGGUAUUAUGCAAAUGACAGCCAUGUACAAGAGGCCACCUGGGAGAAGGUACAAUCAACAUAUGGAGGAAGAUACAGAGACACAGCAUACAUGUUAAUGUACAGAAGAAGUGCAAAAGAAGAGGAAGAGCAACCCCACUGUUCAGGCUGACUGGAUGGAUGAAGACGUGUAAUUGUUAAAAUCAGGGACCAUGAUGCACUACACCUUCAACAUGGCGAACAUAUUAAUAAUUCAUAGGAAUAAAUUGAUCAAGUAUAUUUUUAUUGAAUGUAAAUGGUGAUAUGAUGUUAUGGAUUUUAAGCUUGAAACAUUUUCUUAUCUUACUGCUCAUAUAGAGACUUUUAACACCAACAGAACUGUGAGAGGUUUGAUGUUUGUUUCUUCCUGCCAUAGGUCACUAGGUGGUGCUAAAGCAAAUGUUUUGGUGCUCAAAACGUUGAUGCGUUUUUUUUUUUUUUUUUUUUUUUUUGAGACCACACACAUUGUGAAUGCACUGUAUGAUACUAGGGGUUGGUUUUAAGAGAAUGCUUAGCUUAGAUGUUCGCUGUUUGAGGGGAAAUACCUGCAAAAGGCCUUAGUGUUCAUUUUCCUGACACUCAAUAUGACUCACUUUUGCGGAACAAUGAAGUCAUUUUUUCACUUGAGCUUCCAAAAUAAUAAUAA